AUGACUUCGAUUGAGGAUCUUAUAUCAAACCCUCCGCUUCUACUGGAUUCUUCACUGUCUCAACUCCGCUAUCUCAUACUCAGUGAAGGUCUCCCCAUAUCUGAAGAUAAACAGCAGCAGCGCACGCGAUGUUAUGUGUGGACGGUACUCUCUCAAACCUCUAUGGAGGCAUCCACGCAACGGUACCUUGCGCUCUUGAAACUGGGUCCACCCUCAACUACCAUUUACCAAAAAAUCAAGAACGACACUUCCAGAACUUUCCAAACAGAUCCGAACUUCAGAAAUAGGGUCUCGGAAGAUGCUCUCAUCCGGUGUUUGUCAUGCUUUGCCUGGCAAACACAGCAAAGAAGGCAGAAGCCUCAAUUUAGUCGCAUCCCUGUGAGCACUUAUGUGCAGGGCAUGAAUAUUUUGCUAGCUCCUUUACUCUAUUCAUGCCCUUCCGAACCAAUGGCAUACCAACUUUUUACUAAACUUUGUUAUGAAAUAAUACCGACAUACUUGACUAAGAACCUGAACGGUGCUCAGAACGGCGCUAAACUACUCAAUAUUUCGUUAAGAAUCAUCGAUCCAAAGCUAAGCAAAUUCCUAUCAGACAAUUUACUUACAGCGGAGAUUUACGGCAUGCCUUCCAUACUAACAUUAUCCAGUUGUAAUAAACCGCUUGAUCAAGUAAUCAAACUGUGGGAUUUUAUGUUUGCAUAUGGGUUCCAUAUGAACAUCCUCUUUGUGGUGGCCUUCUUAGUUAAGAUAAGAUCCAAGGUUUUCAAAUCGGAUUCUCCCGUUAACUUGUUACGACAGUUCCCAGAUUUUGAUGCUGAUGAGAUCAUUCGGCUAGGGGUUGGAUUUAUUGCCAAGAUCCCGGCUCAAAUAUACGAUUUAUUGGUGGACCACUUGACUGAUCCAGAUAUAUAUAUACCUUAG